CUCGCGCGUCGCGAGUUACAUAUCACCGGUAUCACCACCGUCGACCAAAUUGGACGUGUCACUAAUUUAUAAAAGCAAAUAUUAGUUAGAUGAUAGAACCAGUUUGGUCAUAGUGAUCCUUACUCGAGCCCAAAAUUCAUGUCGAAAUAACGAAACACGCGAAUGACGACUCAGUGCUUUUCGAUAAGGAGAUAACGCGAAAACAAUUAGUUCAAAAUGAGGCACACAGUGAUCAGUUUCACCCUACUUACCGUACUUCUUCAGCUUUCGAAAAGCGCGCCCAGUGGAAGCUCUGCACUCCUGUAUUUAUCUCAGUAUGGUUACUUGGGCGGUAGCACGCGAAGUCUUAACUCGAGUGCCCUAACAGACGAGCGAGUUUUGCGAAAAGCCGUCGAGGAGUUCCAGAGUUUUGCCGGACUUGAUGUCACAGGAGAGUUGGACGAUCGAACUCUCAAAGAAAUGCAACUUCCCCGAUGUGGAGUCAAAGACAAAGUCGGAACUGGAGACAACCGUGCCAAGCGUUACGCUCUACAGGGUAGCAGAUGGAAGGUCAAAAAUCUAAAUUACAAGAUCUCAAAGUACCCCAAAAAUCUCAACACGAAAGAAGUGGACAAAGAAAUCCACAGGGCGUUCUCAGUCUGGUCUCAGUUCACCGACUUGACCUUUACUCCGUCCAAAGGUGGGGUCCACAUUGAAAUCAGAUUUGAAUCUGGAGAACAUGGAGAUGGGGACCCUUUUGAUGGUCCUGGUGGUACUCUCGCUCACGCUUACUUCCCGGUGUUUGGAGGCGAUGCUCACUUCGACGCUGCGGAAAAGUGGACCAUUGGCAGCUACCGCGGCACCAACCUCUUCCAAGUAGCCGCCCACGAAUUUGGACAUUCACUCGGUUUGAGUCACUCUGAUGUGCGGGAGGCCCUCAUGGCACCGUUUUAUCGGGGUUAUGAGCCUCUUUUCGAGCUCCACGAAGACGACAUUCAAGGAAUCCAAGCUUUAUACGGGAAGAAGACACGGAAAACUAACGGAGGUGGUGGUGGUGGUUUUGACGAUUCGGACUUUCAAGGAAGCAAUACUCCUAGUCAUAAAGUUCCAGCACCGGCUCCAACUCCAGUCGAUACAAACUUGUGCAAAAAUCCGAAAAUUGAUACAAUUUUCAAUUCCGCUGAAGGCUACACUUACAUCUUUAAAGGAGACAAGUACUGGAAGUUGACGGAAGAGAGUGUGGCUCCGGGUUACCCUAAAUUAAUCUCUAAUGGUUGGCCCGGACUUCCCGGAAACAUCGAUGCGGCUUUCACUUACAAAAACGGCAAAACUUACUUUUUCAAAGGUUCGAAGUACUGGAGAUACAAGGGUCGUAAAGUGGACGGAGACUAUCCGAAGGAGAUUUCGGAAGGUUUUACCGGAAUUCCGGAUGAUUUGGAUGCCGCGAUGGUGUGGAGUGGCAAUGGCAAGAUCUACUUUUUUAAGGGUGCAAAAUUCUGGAGGUUUGACCCGUCGCAAAGGCCUCCAGUCAAGUCAACGUAUCCUAAACCGAUCUCUAAUUGGGAAGGAGUUCCUAAUAAUUUAGAUGCUGCCUUUAAGUGGACCAAUGGUUACACUUACUUCUACAAAGGCGAUGCCUAUUAUCGAUUCAACGAUAGGGCAUUCGCUGUUGAUAAGGCUAAUCCGGCCUUUCCUAGGGCGAUAGCGUAUUGGUGGUUAGGGUGCAGUAGUGCACCACAAGGAACCAUCGGAACGAGUGAGUCCAGAGGGGGGCUCCUUGAUGAAGAGAGCAAUCAGGAUUAUGCAGGAAGUGAUACUUUAGACACAGGUGAACAUCAUGAACAAACUCCAUUACCUGAUGGGGACGUGUCGGAUCCUCAGUUUUACCAACGAGAAGGCGGAAAUGGGAGUGGUGUUGCCAAACCAUCCGUAAUACCCUUAGUUUUGAUGUUAGUGUACGUUCUCCUUCGGCAAAAUGUAGGAUAAUUGAGAAUAUUUCGUUUUAUAAACGAGACAGCUCAGACUGAGAACUUUAACUAAUUUACUGCGUUUGUGUGGUGAUAACAUAUCGGUGAGCAACUGUGCAUCUAUACAUUUCAUUCAUAAGCGCCGAAACUGUAAGGUCCUUGGGACUUUCGCCCCCCUACCACAUCUUACAAGUCAUAACUUUUACUUUAGUAUAUUUGCAGUCGUACCAGUAUGGUUUAUUUAAAAAAGAUACAAGGUCAUCACAAAGUUAAAAAUCGAUUUAUGUUAGAAUUAUUUCAAACUCUCAUUAAGUAAAAAUGUAUUUAUUUAAUGUUUAAUUUAAUCCAAUUUGGACAGAAAAUGUGUAUUUGCAAUCAACACCCAACUAAAAGAUUUUUUAAGGUAACCAAAAAUUUAAAAAGACGUUUUACCUAAAUAAUUAGGUUGACUCAUAUUCAUAAAGAUGCAAAACUUAAAAAAACCAGAUGAUGUAUUUUAAAAUUGUUGAUAGUAUAAUUAUAAAUGCAAAGUUUUAAAUGGUUCAAUAAAGGCGUUUAUUGUUUGUUAUUCUUUCACAAAUAAGAAAAUGAUUUAACUUCAACGUUUCUUGAUAUUGUCUCGUUGUCCCCUAGCGAUUUUCAAAAUCCGGCGCUUAUGAUUUCAUUUAUAAUUUAUUGAAGUCAAUGGAUCAUAUUUUUAUAAUGCUCGUUUUACCCUAACAUAGCGUUAAUAUUGUGCAAUUGUGAUUUGUUGUUGUUUCAAAAGUCACUGGUUGCAAAUGUUGUAAAUGUUCUUUUAUUUUUUAAGUAAUAAAAUAUUUCAAAAUAGA